AUGAUCUGGUAUCUCCUGUAUCCGCUGCGAGGAACCACGGAGGCGCCUACCCUCCCCUCCUCGCACCCCCUGCGCGCCGUCUUUGCUCGCUACGGCCGCUAUGCUGCCUGCCACGUCGUCGCCACCCUCCUCGUCACUGCCGCCGUCGUCACCAUCCUCAUCUACCCCAUCCCCUUUCUCUUCACCAGCGACUUCAUCAAUGGCGCCUCCAACCUGCCGCGUCAUGUCUGGACCGUCGCCCAGCCCUUGCCCUACGACACCGCCGUCGAGCCCGACAUCACCAUGCGUUCCAUGUGGGUGCACGCCAGCUAUAUGCGGGCUUUAAACGCCGACCUGCUCACCUCGGCUCUCGAGCUCCAAGACCAUCUCCUCGGCAUCACAAAGAACUUCAGCCCGGCCCGCGCCCAUCGUCCCGCGCCUCCGCUGCCCGCCGCCCUGCACACCGACGCCCUGUCGCUGGCCCAGCGGGACGCCGCCCACGUUGCCAACGGACUCACCUCGCGCUCGUGGUUCUUCCACUCGCCCCUGCUGUAUUGGGGCUGCUCUCGUGAGCGCAUCCUGGCUGAUGAGGAUAUCCUGUCUACUGUCAAUGACAGGAAGAACCAGUCUACGUCUGCCAAUGUCACGCUCCGUCAUUCAAUCGUCUUCAGCGGCAAGCGCUUCGAGGACCGUCGCCUCUUGGCCGCCGAUGCCCUCGUCAUCACCCUCCUCCAUCUUCGCGACUCCCCCGUCGGCCGCGAGUGGGAGAAGAGAGCGCUCGAGCUCCCGCAGAAGGUGGCGGACAAGUGGAGCCUCUAUCCCGCCGACGGCCGCGCCUCGUCGAGCCAGCUGUACGAGUUCCAGUUUCGGCCCAUUUCGGUGCAGGACAUGAUUACUCUCGCCCUCGCCUACGGCCUCACCCUCCUCUACUUCCUCAUGAGCCUGUCCAAGCUCAGGGCCGUCAAGUCAAAGGUUGGCCUCAUCGUUACCAUCAUGGCGCAAAUCAUCUUCUCUGUCAUGUCCAGCUUCACCCUCUGCGCCAUCUUCAAACUCGACCUCUCGCGCAUUCCACGGGCCGCCUACCCCCUCGUCGUACUGGCCAUGAGCCUCGAGCACAUUUUCAGGCUCAUCAAUGCCGUCAUCAUCACCCCCCUCGAGGACAGCGUCAACAACAGAAUAGGCCAAGCCUUUGGCGAAACCGCCCCCACGGCCCUGGCAAGCACCCUCCAGAACGUUCUGAUACUCGCCGGCCUUUCUCGCCUGGUGUCGCCGGGCGUAUCCGAGUUUUGCGUCUUUGCCGCCAUAGCCAUCGUCUUCGACUCCUUCUACUUGAGCACCUUUUUCCUCGCCGUCCUCAGUGUCGAUGUCCGCAGGAUGGAGCUCGGCGACGCGCUGGCCAAGGCGUCGCGGCGGCGCAAUCGCGGUAGACCAGACGGGCGCGCCAACCGUCGGUCGUGGUGGGACCAGGUCCUUCAAGGCAAGAUUGCCAUGUCGACCCGCAUCGCCGGCACUAUUGUUAUGUUUGGUUUCGUGCUUAUUGCGCAGUGGCACUUUUUCGGCGACGAGGGCUUGCUGAGAAAACUCCUCCGAUUCUACAGGGGAGCGGAUCCGGAGCAAGCUCUGGGCAGUGCGACGUCGUCUCCGCUCGAGGACAUCCACCAAGCAAGGAGCCCCACAUCGUGGUUGCGGAUGCAAGAUCAUGAGACGGCUCGAGAGGUCAUCAACAUCAUCAAGCCCUCGUCGUACGGCUACGUGGCCCGCGUGUACGAUCCUCUCGUCUUUGUCUUGAAGGACUCGGACCGCACGCCACCUGGAAAAGAGCCCACGCUACUCCCGGCGGCGUACGAUUUCAUACAACACGAGUCGGCGCGGUUCAUCGUCAUCGUCAUUGUUGUCGUUGCCGCCCUUCGCCUACUGACCAACUUUCUUCUGUGGGAGGGCGACGAUGACCUCAAGGACCAGCAUGAACUGGACGACUCUCCGCUCUUGUCCGUCAAGUCCAUGGCCAGGGGCCACGGCAUGGAUGUGAUUUUGUUGGCGGCGUCUGCGGAUGGUCUUGUCGUCUCCGUCAGUCUCGAUCACACCAUCCGGGCCUGGUCGAUCCGCGGCAUGGGAACGAGCUAUGUCAUUGCAAGUGGCGACGAAGCUGCAGCCACCAUUUUCCCAGUCAUCGCCAUGGCAAUUGAUGAACGGUCAAAAUGGCUCGCGCUGCUGUCGAGGCCCAAAAGAGCCGCCCACCCCGGGAUCUCUUUCUGGAACCUCAAAGACAGAGUAUGGGGCCCGUCGGUCCAGGCCGACAGCUGCAAACUCCGGCCAGUGGCCCUCUUGUUCGACCCUAGCGCGCCUUGUCACGAGCCGAGGGCUCUUGUCGUGCAACAGGACGGCUCGUUGACUGAGAUCGUGGCAUGCGAAUCGACUGAGCGUCAGGCCGGGCCAGUCUUUCCCGGGCAGCUCACAUGUGCUCGCAUGCUGGCCCGAAAAGUAUCGAGACAAGGCGAGGUCUGCAUGGCGUCUCGGAGCACAGAUGCAUGGCGAUGCAGACGUCUUGCGAUUGACGGCCGAGAGGAACCAGGCGCACACGUGAUCGAGGUCCUACCCGCCCUGGAUCUGUUUGUCGUGGCGGCGGGCGACCGCGUCCACCUCAUCAAUGCCGGAGAAGGGCUCGUACUGCAGACACUGGAAACGGAAAAGAUGCUCACCCGACCCCUGAGAUGUGCAUAUACGUGCCACCGGCUUUCGCAGGCCGGUUCGGUGGGUCUGACGUCCUUUACGCUCGGCUAUGUCGAGGCCAGCUCUGGAGAUUGCAUUUUGCAGACGUUUGUGCCUCGAGAUGACUGCGACGCCAUGUUUUUGCAGACGCCAUGCGAGGCGCCCAACAACGACUGGUGCACGUGGGACUCUGCUAGGGAGACGCGGAAGCGCGUAGCGGAUCCGGGUGUGUGGGACAUGGUUUCCGACGGCAGCGCCGUGGGGAUCCGAUACAAUGCGCCGAAAAGCAGAGGGUGUCAGGACAGCGGCUCGUCGGGGCUUCGGAACCGCCAUGGCAGAUGGACACCGGAGCCAGACCCACUCGAGGGCUGGCAGGUCUGGACAGCAUCGUUGGCAGGCGGGCGGCCCGAGGAAGACGAGUCGCAGCGGCUGGUCAAGGAGGGGGAGCAAGCCGAGCACCUGUUGGUGACGGAGGUGGGACCGAGAGCCAAGGCCGGGCUGAACGCGGUGGCCUUUGGCUUUGGCGACAUGGUGAAGCUGGUGAUUGUCGGGGGCCAGGUGCGGCUCGACGAGGGCGCCGAGGACGGGAGCCAAGAGUCGUGGAUGAACACAGGGUCCAGACGACGCAAAGCAGGCACCGGGACCCGAACAAGAGGGCCGACGUGA